AUGGAAGUAAGUUUUGGACGGGUUCCGUUCACAGUUGCGCCCAGGCUCGGCGGGGUGAACCAGCUCGGCGGAGUCUUCAUCAACGGGCGGCCGUUACCGCACGAGGUCAGACACCGGAUCGUGGAGCUCGCGCAGCACGGGGUGCGCCCCUGUGAGAUCUCGCGCCGUCUGCGCGUCAGUCAUGGCUGCGUCAGCAAAAUAUUGACCAGGUACAAUGAGACAGGAAGCAUCAGACCGGGGCUGAUAGGUGGAUCCAAGCCCAAGGUGGCGACCCCCACAGUGGUGCAGAAGAUCCUGCAGCUGAAGCACAACAGUCCCACGAUGUUUGCCUGGGAGAUCCGAGACAGUCUGGUGCUGGAGCAAGUGUGUGACCCAAGCAACGUUCCCAGCAUCAGCUCAAUCAACAGGAUCAUCAGGAGGAAAGUUCAGGCGAAGCCUUGUGAAGAUGCAUCAUCUGUUUCCAUGGGAACAGACUGUCCCUCUGAGUCCAGGUUUUCAAUAGGAGGGAUUCUAGGACUCAGAAAAUUCAACAAACCAAACGAAGGAGCGGACGAGUCCUGCGGUGAGCACCAACGCCGGCUCUGUUUCUGGAGCAGCUCUGACCUCAGCUCGCCAUUUCGCCGUCAGCUGCCAGUGAACCAUGAUUCAGAUCCGUUAGGUUAGUCUGCAUCUGACAUGACACCCGGUGGAUCUUUUGCCUUCGGUCUUCGUUUCACCGAAGAACAGAAUUCAUCAU